AUGAACGGCAACAACUCAUCACUCGCGGAGACCCCGACCCUGCCACCUUCUAUGCACUCUGAGCUCAAGGAGUAUUCUCAUCGCCGCGGGACUGAGUAUCCUUACAAUGGCGACUUGGAUGUCGAUGUCUUGAUCGUUGGCGCUGGAUUCGGAGGGGUGUUUUGCCUCAAGACGCUCCGGGAGCAGGGCUUUAAGGCUGUCAUUUACGAGGCCGGUGAAUCCUUCGGUGGGACCUGGCGCUGGAAUCGCUACCCAGGUGCUCGUGUUGACUCCGAAGUCCCCGAGUAUCAGUUUUCCUGGCCUGAGACGUACAAGGACUGGUGCUGGUCUACCAACUACCCAGAUUACAAGGAGCUUCGCGCCUAUUUCGACCACGUCGACAACGUCCUCAACCUCAGCAAAGACUGCUCAUUUGAGACAGUAGUUACUGGUGCACAGUUCAACGUAGAGGAGGGGAAGUGGCAUGUCAAAACUGAAGAUGGGCGUUUGGCCAAGAGCAAGUUUUUAAUAGUCGCUGCGGGCUUUGCCAGCAAGCGCUAUAUCCCGAACUUCAAAGGCUUGGACAAGUUCAAGGGCGUCAUGCAUCAUUCGUCGUUCUGGCCUGAAGAAGGUGUUGAUCUUAAGGACAAGCGGGUAGCAGUCAUUGGCACUGGUGCCUCCGGUGUCCAAAUCGUCCAGGAAGUUGCACCUGUGGCGGCAGAGACCAAAGUCUUUCAGCGCACGCCCAACCUCGCAAUUCCGAUGGGCAAGCGCAACCUCACCCCCGAGGAGCAGAAUCGCGAGAAAGUCGGGUAUCACAUGCUGUACGAUUACCGAGAGAAGAGCUUUGGUGGCUUCUUGUACCCCAUGUCUGAGAAGAACACAUUCGAUGACACCCCAGAGGAGCGGGAGGCGUUCUAUCACAAGUUAUGGGAUUACGGAGGGUUUAGAUUCUGGUUGGGCAACUACAAAGACAUGCUCAUCGAUGCGAAAGCCAACCAUGAAGCAUACAACUUCUGGGUCAAGAACGUGCGCAACCGUAUCGGCGAUCCUCGCAAGCGCGACAUUCUCGCGCCGCUCAAGAUGCCGCAUUACUUCGGCGUGAAGCGUCCUUGCCUAGAACAGAACUACUACGAGCAGUUCAACCGCCCCAACGUCGAUGUUGUUGACAUCAGUAACAAUGCUAUCGCUGAGUUCACCGAAACCGGGAUCAAGCUCGAGAAUGGCGACCAUUACGAGUUCGAUGUGAUUGUGGUCGCGACCGGAUUUGACAUCACGACUGGUAGCAUGACGAACAUGGGCCUCGUCUCCAUCAAAAACACUGCGCUCAACGACGAAUGGAAAAAGGCCGCUUACACCUAUCUGGGAACAACCGUCUCCGGUUAUCCAAACAUGUUCCACCUAUACGGUCCCCAUGGCCCAACGCUACUAUCCAAUGGCCCAUCGACCGUCGAGGUCCAAGGCCGAUGGGUCGUCGACUGUAUCAAGAAGGCUACGCGCCAAGGUCUAAAGUACAUCAACCCAACGGAGCAAGCUACCCUAGAGUGGAAAAAGCGCAUCAAUGCGCUCAGUGAUGCGACUCUGUUCCCGACCACGAGGAGCACGUACAUGGGUGGCAGCAUUCCUGGGAAGGCGUACGAGCAGGUCAAUUAUGCCGGAGGGAUUCCGAACUAUGCCGUUGAGAUUCGCAAUGCGCUGGAUACUUGGAAGGGGUUUGAGUGUGUGAAGGCUUGA